AUGGCGACUCAACCCCGCCAGCAGCAGCUUCCACGGCUGUUCAUUCCACAAAGCCUUAACGGCCAACAGCCUAUCACUUAUGCUGAUAACCCGCAAUUAUUCUCUCCUGCGCUGCCGACGUCAAUAUCUCAGGGCAUGCACCCACCACCAUUCUUGACUCCCUCAAAUUCCCUUCAGACACCGAUGCAGCCCCAUUUUUUCCCGCAACCCCCCGGGGCACCUGGGCGUCCUUCGAUGCAUAGAAGCUCGCCCAGCGUCGCGCAACUCGCCGCGGUAGGCAUUUUCCCCCCACCAAUUCCAAUCACUCCUCUGGGUCAGACGGGUUUCCCAAAUCAGAUGCUGGGUCUUCAACCAUUUGCCCCGCCAUUUGUUCCAAGGAGCAAGAGAGCACCCAGUGUCGGUGUGGGUGGUCCUCCGAAGGCUGUUCUUGGUGGACCACAACGUAGAGUGAGCCCGUUACCACCAAGUGCUCCAGGUGUAUCACAAGCCGCGCCCGCGAUCAAGGGAAAGAAGGUCGUAGUCCACUUCCCUCAAGAGACGGUGCCAGGCGAAGGUGAUCAGCCACCGACGCGUCUGUCAUGGGCUCGGACGCCGUUGCCCUUCUCGUCAAUCCCACAGGGAUCGGAAGUACUCCCGCCGGAGACCACAUCGACGGAAUUAUUUCCACCCGAUAGCUGGCGAUACCACUUGCCUGAUACUGUGGAUGUCUUUCUUCCUGGAAAGAGCGCAUGGGAAGACAUAAAGCGGAAGAUUAUUGAGGAGAAGCUAGAGAAGCUGGGAGUUGAGCGGGGAACAGGUAGUUCCGUACCCCAUAUACAUGCGCCCCAUGCUCGAGCUGCGUCGAUAUCAUCCCCAGCAGAUCCAGCACUUCUCUUCUUCAAGCUCAAUAAACUACAGCAAUCACAAAACGUGUUGUCAUCGACCUCGCCACAGCCUCCUCUUUCUCUUUCGACGUCACCUGCUCAAGUUCCUCCACGGUUUCAAGGCAGGCACGGACACAGCAUGUCUCUUGCGCAGCCGCCCUCGUUUCAAUCACACUCGCCUGUGUACAAUCCUGCCGCCGCAUUCAAUCCUUUCGGGCCUAGUGCGACACUUGGUUCCGAUCAAGUUUUCACGCGAGUUUCCCCCGCGCCUGCUGCGCCUAUACCUGCUGUAAUUGAAAAUAUUCAUGCACCUCAGGGGCGAGUUCCUGCCAAUUUCGCCACUCUUGCGCCCCCUCAGCCGACAUCGAGACCGGAGAGCAGACCAGACUUCUUGCGUGGGUUCGGCUUGGAUGCUACAGAAGAGGAGGAGGAACCGGAAGAGGAACCCCCUGCGCAGACGGGUCUACGCGAUGAUGCCGGAUCUGAGGCGACCACUGAAGCAGCUACAGAAGCGACGACACUGGAACAAGUGGAUGAGGUGGAGGAAGAUGGAGCUAGCACGGUAGCUCAGAGUCGGAUACACUCGCGACAUGUCUCGCGUCUAUCCGCAGCUUUGUCUUUACGAUCUGUAGGGGGGCUCACGGAAGCAUCAAGCUCUUCAUACCCGCUGGCUAUGUCACCACAACGUGAGGUCGUGCCUGUGCGUAGUCCGUUGGGCGCGGAUACAAUAGUGGUCGACGACGCCGAUCAGUUCGACUCGGACGCCGUCGGAGAGUGGACAGGAUCAGAAGAUCUGCGCACAGCUGCAGAAGCAUCUGAGGAUGAGAGUAUCGGAGAGUGGUCCAAUCCUUCAGACGAAGAACGAGCUCGUCAGGACCGCGUGCAGCGCCGCAUACUCCGUCGCGCCGCGCGACACGAUGUGGAUAGUCCGAGGAGAUUGCCCAACUUCCCUCGUCCCCCUGAUGUCGCACCGGCUUUUGCUGAAGCCGAAGACAUUGUAUCCAACCCUAGCGAAGAGGAACACGGACAGAAUGCAUUUGUAUAUGGGGGUCAUCACCGGGGACACUUCCCUAGACCAUCAUCUAGUGGACACGGGCGACCUCUGCCUCCUUUGCCUGAAACUCGACCAGGUUCAGCACCAUAUUCGUAUCAUGAUCCCGCGUUGGCGCACUCAAGAGAGGCGUCUGAGCAAUACUUCAACCCUGGGGGCCUUCGACCGCCUCCACCUUCGGCUCCAGCUCAGUCCCGAACCGAGUCACUCAACCCGCUUGCAAAGCCCUUCGUGUUCGGUGCUCACCGCCAGUCAGGUUCUUGGACCAGCGUGCUUAGUUCACAGCCUGCACCGAUAACUACCCCAUUCAGUAUUGGUCAUGCGCGGGCGCCUUCAUUUGGCAAGCCUCUUAGUGCAGCCGCACCUGAGUUUAAGCCGACCGGGUUCACGUUCCGUCCACCGCCAGGUGUUCCGCAGCUGACGUUCUCGUCCCCACAACCUCCUCGUCCCUUGCCAACGCCCCCUAUCAUAGCAGUGGAUUCCCCAGACAAGGCUGUCCUAGCGCGGGAGUCACAAGGAAGAGAGAAGAGGCAGCGUCGUGGAUCGGUCGUUAGUUUGGAUGGUCACGAUGAGGAUGGAGUCAGUACGAUGUCCUCCUUCAAAUUCCCGCCAGAUAAUGUUAGGGCGGUAUCUGCGCCGACGAGUCCUCCUACUGCUGCGUUGGGUGUGUCGAAAGAUUCAUCUCUAAAUGUUGGAGCCAAGCCGUUCACCUUCUCAGGCUUCUCUCAGAUGCCAAGCAUCUCACAACAGUCCACUACCCUCCACAAUGGUGACGAAGAAAAUCAACCUCCUGCUGAAGGCUCUGCCGCGGAGAGAACAGAUGUCGAGUCUGCGAAUGAGUUACCAUUCCCCCCCACCAUGAAAUCGAAGAGGGCGCCUAUUCCGUUAGACUUCAAGCACCCAGUGUCCACAAAUACAGUGCCUGCAGGUUUGUUCAAAGCCCUCGUCAAUACUGAUGGCGAUGACAGAACACGUCGUACAGUCCGAUCUAGACUUAGCUCAAGAGAUAUCUUCGAACACAGUCCCCGGCCGUCCUUGGAUGAUCUUGAUGUCCCUCCGAUCUCGCACAGGAUCUCACGCAACCGUCUCUUCACUGACCCAGGCUUCCGAGAAUCGUCGCCACCACGUGGCAUGUACACGCCGGACGCUUCUGCUCGUCGUUCUUCUAGGCGCCAAGAUAGCGACACGUCGUUGUCAGAUAUAUCCAUCGCCCCUGUUAACCUUUCGAGGAGGAUUGAAAUGCAAGAGUAUGAACGCAGGAUGGAGGUUCUUCUAAACGAGAAGUUCAAGGACAUCAAGCGGAUGCUGUCCGACCUCAGGCAGCUGCAUGAGGGCCAAUCACUUAGUGCAUCUACAGAGGAGAAGAUUUCCGAGGUCGUGUCUUUGUUCCGCGCGCAGCUUCAGGCUUCGGCUGCGACAAGCUUAGAGGACAGUCAAAUGGAUGCCCGCGGUGAACUUGAUUUCGAGGUAAUUAAGGAUAUUAUAGAUCAGAAGCACAUGGAUUUCCGUGCGCUCAUCCAGAGGGACCUUUCUCAGUUGAUGGGAUCCAGGAACCAGCAGGACGCCCAUUACGUGCGAUUCGCAGAAGACCUUACGGAUAGGUCUAUGAACGCUGUUGUCUCUGUCACAUCACAACUAGCAUCCCGUAUACAAAUGAUGGAGCAACCGAGAUCGUCUGCAGAAAGGGAUGCCAUCAUACACGAACUCUUGAACGCAUUGCUACCGCAUCUGGCCACAUUACGUGCUGAGCCGAUCGAUUAUGAAGGCCUCACCGCACGGCUCACUCAAGCUGUCAAGCCUCAUAUAUCACAGCUCAUUGACUUGGCCUCCGAUAAACGCGAGACAGCAGGCCUCAUUGUGGACAAGCUCGUGCCCAUUCUGCCUACCCUGCACGGUUCAGUACCCGAGUUUGAUGUAGAAGCUGUUGUUGGUAGGCUUACUAGUGAAGUUCGGAAGAUCGUGGCCCCUCUCGAUGCCCAUGAAAUCAAGGAACAGGUUUCAGAUCUUGUUGUAGAGCGUCUUGAUUCUCGUCUUGCUGUUCGGGACAGAGCCUUCAACGUGGAAACUUUAACUGGGAGCGUGGUUCAGAGUGUUCGCGACCUCCUGGCGCCUAUCCAUGAGCUGCAGGCCGCCGUCGAUGUACUAGGACAGAAGGAGCUCCCAGCUAUCCCCGAAAUUAAUCUCGACUCGGUUCGUGAUGAUGUACUCAAACUCUUAUCUGACUUGCCUCAGCGUCUGGGUGCCGCAACGGAAGCUUUGGAUAGCGCUCAAGUGGAAUUCAAAGGCCAGAUUGCGAAGUUCGAACAAGACUCACCUCUCACCAAGAACAUUUCGCAGUUAGAGAGCAUGCUUGGUGACAUGUCGCGUGAACAGCAGAAGCUGGUAUCGCAAAAUCAAGAGUUCUCCGACUUCUGUCAGGAUAUCGUAAAGCACAUCGAAACGUUGCCUGAUGCUAUGGUCGAAGCCACUAAGAUUCUUCACAAUGCCCACAGUGACUUUGCCGCUCGCGACACCUCUACAAGAGAUUCGGAAGAAAUCCGAAGACUUAUGGCAGCUAACGCUGAGUUUCAAGUGCAGCUUGCGAAGGCCCGUGGAGCGCAUGGUCAGGUUCGCGUGGAGAAGGACCUUCUUGCGGACCGUAUUAGCGCUGUUGAGGCAGAGCGGAGUCGGUUGCUAUCGAAAGUGGAGAGUCUGCAGGAUUCUAUAUCUGCGAGGACGACAGAAGCUCAAACUAGCGAGGCAAGGAAUGCAGAAUUAGAGGAAGCACUUGCCCGUGCGCUCGAUCGACUGAAGGCUGCAGACGUGCAAACGCAGACAGACUCGGCGCGGAUAUCCCAACUCGAAUCUUCUAACCGUGAGCUUGUCUCGGAGAAGCACCAGCUGAAGUCUCAGGUUGAUUCACUAAAUUUGCGCGCUACCUUCCUUACCAGUGAGAAGGAUAAUGUUCAGGAAGAGCUUGUCGCUCAGCGUAGAAUCAACGAAGAGCUCAUGUCCCAGCAAAGUCACUGGGAUGAUCUUCGUCGUGCCUCAGAGCAGAUACAGGUUCUGGCGAACCUCGUUGGCCAAGUUGAUACAGAAGAAGUCAAAGAGCUUCGUCGCAUUCGCGAUCGGAGCAAGGCUCUUGAGAGUGAUCACGCGGUCCUUCAGCGCCGUUUGAAAGAGGUCGAGAGCAAGAUGGCGAGCAGCGAGAGAAUCGCUCAAACGUCUCGUCAGAGUCUUGCGCAGGCGCAGCAACGCGCAGCUGAAUGGGAGAAACGUGCCAAGGAGUAUGAAGGCGAAGUGGAGGCUAUGCAAACCAAAUUGGACAAUGCUGAACAAGCACAGGCACGGUUGGAUGCGGACUAUUCGUUGGUAAAGCUACAGCUGGAUGAACGGGAUGCUGAGGAGCGCCUCGACAAGGAUCGACAGAACAAGCUGCGCGACCAGAUUGCGUCACUCGAAGCACACGUCGCCCGUCUGCAAGCAGAAACAGAUCAGGCGAAGAAGGCCGCAGCCACAGUUCCGGUUGCUCAGCCUACCGCUCGCUAUCACCUGAACGGCAACGGUAUCGUCCGUUCACACCAACCAUCACGACCGGACUCGCGUGCGAGCACCGUCUACGCUGAAAGCCGUGCCAAUACACCCACUACUAAGUACAACGGCGUACGUGGACCAGCCAUUCGGGAAUCGACGCCGCCCCAGCCCUCUGUUUGGGAUUCGAUUCAUGCUCCACGGCCCGAGGAUGCCAUCAACAUGCCUAUAACGCCCAAAACUAAACGGGCACCGUCGUAUUACGCAAGACAAAUACCUUCGCCUACACCUAGCAACGUGUCCGUUGCACCCACUCUGGGCGACGACGGGUGGUGGGCGUAG